ACUGUUUGUUUAUUGAUAAAUAAACAACUUCAGAGAUUAAAACGCCGACCGACCUCGUAGACUUUAAAAAACAAAUUUUAUUUUCGACCAAAUUUAUUGUGACUAACCUGGAAAGCGCGUUCUAUGAAGAUGUUGUCACAGCAUCAGCUGUUUUUCGUGCAUACAUUCAUCGUUGAUGUGUUUUGAGUUGCAUGACCUUAUAUUAUAUUUAUCCUGAAAAUAUCUUGCGGAAAUAAACAAUCUUCAGUGUCAAGAAAAACAUGUCCGGUUUCGUGAAAAUGUGUGAACUUUGUGGUGGUCAAAUUAGUGAACAGUCUGAAUUUUCCUUCGAGGACAUGAUCACUAACUGGUUAGAUGAAAAUCCUGAAUUUGCUUUCAAGUACUUUGUCAAAUCAGCAUCUUCAAGCAUGGUUGAAGCCUGGGCUAAUGGACAUAAUCAUAGUGAAUCUGAUGGCCUCUUUGAUAACUCAAUAAAUGUCUUGGACGAGCAUAAUGAUAAAAAUAAUGAUAAAAUUUCUGUGAAUACUUCUCUAUCACUACCAAUACGUAAGAUAAGCAGCCAGGAUUUGGAAUUAACCCAUGACAAGCGUAUUUUAUCUUCUAACGAAGAUGGGAAGCCCACAUUUAUAAACUCUGUGUUCUUUCCUUCCCCUGCCACUGAACACAUCGAUUUAAAUGCUAGUCCUGCCCGUCAAACUGUGCCUUCACCAAGUCGACCAACACAUCCAACUGAGAGAGAUUUAAUAAGUGAACUUGCUUUGGAUAUUUGUCAUGAACUUGACGUGACAUCUUUAUGCUUUAAAAUUGUCCAGAAUGUUUGUAGACUAAUUAACGCUGAUCGUGGAUCAUUUUUCCUUGUGGAAAAGUCACGUUCAACCGGUGAGGAUGUUCUUGUUAGUAAACUUUUUGACAUUACAUCUGAGUGUAUAUUGGACGAUGUUUUACAACGAUGUUCUUCUAAUCACAUCAUUGUUCCUUUUAAUGUUGGUGUAACCGGCUACGUCGCACGAACUGGAGAUUACGCGAAUAUUCCGGACGCAUAUGCUGAUCCUCGAUUUGAUGAUUCCGUAGAUCGUGUAACAGGAUAUAAAACGCGCUGCCUUUUAUGCAUGCCUAUAAAAAAUGUUGACGGAAAAGUGUUAGGUGUUGCACUGGUUAUCAAUAAGACAGUCCCUUCUGAUCAGCAUCAUGAUCAAGGUAUUAACUCAGUUCAACCUAGUAGUUGUGAGAGUGAACCAAUCAGGAAACAUGCGUCAUUCACCGAAGAAGAUGUAAAAAUAUUUCAAUCAUAUGUUACUUUCUGUGGUAUUGGAUUACACAAUGCACAAAUUUAUGAACAGAGUCGUUUAGAAACUUAUCGGAACCAAGUACUUUUGGAACUUGCACGAAUCAUAUUUUCAGAACAACUUGAUAUAACUCGUCUUAUUUAUUCAGUAUUAUCACACACAAUUUGUUUACUACAAUGUCAACGUUGUCAAUUACUUUUGGUGAAAACAACUUCAUCUAUGUCAUCCUAUUCUUCAAUUGAUGAGAUCAAACGAUAUGCGGAUUGUGUUUCGAUACAAAAGGUUUUUUUUAAAAUCUGUCACUGAAAACAUGAUGUCUUACGUUCUAAUAUUUUCAAGAGUUUUAGUAUUGUUGUUCAGUCUGAUUGUCAAUACCACGCUAAAAUGAGUCUAAAUUAAAAUUGAAUUAAUCAACUGAAUCCUCAUGAAAUGUUCAAUCUAUUUGAAUAAUAACUGCUUAGUAUAAAUGGUAAUUUUAUGUUGUAUCUGUCCCACAUCUACACUGUAAAUGAAAUCUAGGUUCAACUGGAUAACUUCAUAGUACAAUGUCUACUUCAAAUAUUUUGCGGUUGCUUAAAUACUGCAAUUACAAAUGCUUGGCGACUAGUUACAGAGUAGAGUUGUCUAGUUGGCUAAUCAACAUUUGUCAGUCUUCGUGGCACUACUUAUUUUCAGUGUUAGAGUUAUCUUAAAUAUUUUACGUUGGGCAGUUUGCGUUUAUGUCUGGUGAAGGAUGUAAAUUAAUUUAAAAUACAGUAAUCUAUUAAUACAUUUACAGCAUAUUAAUCAAUAACCCACAAAUUUACAAAAUUUUCUGACAGGCCAUAGAAAUCGCUUGAAAACAAAAAAUAGAAUCAUUUACUUGUUACCUACCAGUGCAGUUUGAGGGCUUUGCUUGUAGUCUGGGAAAUCACAUACCUCCUAAACUUAAUUUUUUUCUCGAUGUUGUUCAAAAUACAUGUCAGUAAUCAUAGCGAUGUGUUAUCUUUUUCAUAUUUAUGUAGACAGUAAGACAAGCAGAGCCAAAUAAAAAACAAAGUAAAUAGAACCGUAUUGUCAUUAAUUGAUCAUUUAAUUGUGACCUAUACAAUGUCUGUCUAGUUCUUUAAUUCUAAUCGAGUUCUAUUGAUCGAGUUGAAGUGUAGCCAACAGUUCAAACGAUUCAACACUGAGUGCACUAUGCUGAGACGUUAAUUGGUCGGGAGUUGUCAGAUGGAAACUUUGGACCUAGGUUUCGUGCUAGUUGACACUCAUCAGCAAAGUGUACUUGGAAACUUAGAGGGGCUAGUUCUCCCUUUGAAAUUCCAUAUAAGUUGUGAGGUCAGUAUUACCAUCUCAGACUGUGAAGCUAGGUGAUGUGGGCUGAAGUUCCAUCGGUAGCACCAGUUUUCGGGAGGUUUCAUUUGUGCCUUUGUGACGAGCGCCAUGUUGCAAGAUACCAAGAUUUAGGGUAUCCUGCUGACUACUACCAACCACUGUACAAAUACAAUUGUUUGUUAUUUAAAUGUAUCCGUGUAUGGCCAUUUUCCUUCUCAUCCACCAAUAUGUCAUGCGUUUUUUAACAGUUGUUUAACGAAGAUUACUUCGUGAUAUAAGCCAUGAAAUUUCUUCUAUUUUACCCGAUGUAAUAGAUGAUAUUAUUGUAAAUAUUACUGUCUACCAAACAGCAUAUGAAUGUUUUUCUCUCUUUAGUGAAUCACAAAAUCAUAUCAUUAUCGUUAUUGUAUUUGGUUUUUACCUUAUUGUCACAGCGAAUGAGCAGUUAAUGGGACAAUUAUCAUAGUCGCGAAUGUGCACUGCCGAGGAGUCCUAUAAUAUAACGAAACCGCUAUCAAAUCCUUCCACCUUUUCAAUGAUGAUCUAACUAAGAUCAGUUCAUGACAUAAAAUCUGUGAAUAUUAAAGUAUUUUAUUUAUGGAAGUACAGUAUUGAUUUGAUGUAAUCAUUGUGUAUGCUUGUCAGCUAGAGACAACUUAGUGACUGAGAAUAACUUAAAUCAGUUCAGCUUAAAAAAUUUAUGCCUAAUCUCAAAGCUGAUAACUUUCUAGUUUUACCAUAAACGAACAAUACUCAGAUGAUUAAACAACCUACUCAUAUCUUCUACUUUCAUAAGCCAUACGCAUAGUCAUAGAGCCAAUACAGUUCGAUAUAGUGUAUGUUUUUUCUUACCUUUUACCAGGUACACGUAUAUUUUAUCCAACUUACUUGAGCUAAUCAAUUUUAAUUAAAAUUCGACAUAACCAAAAAUUAACUCUCUAGUAAACCAUUUUUCUACUUAAUACUUUAGUAUAGAAAUGGUGCUUAUUUUGAAUUGUCAGCGAUUAUUUGUCAACACAGUGUGGUGCAUGUACGAAUAAAUUUUGUUUGAAUUUGGAGUAUAUUUAUUGUAGUCUCUUGUUAUUGUAAAGAUAUUCAAGUAGAAUUUAUCAUUAUAUAAUUAUUCAUUCAAUUAUGUUAGACUAAGUAAACUCAAUGGCGGAUUUAACUUCGUAUUAUAUAAAGAUUGUUCUGUUGAAUUUAUUUAUUGUAGUGAUCGAUUGAUGUGACCUGAUUAAAUUUAUUUAUAUGCGUAUAUUUUAAUUGAGCAAAGUUAUAGGCUGAUGAGAGCGUUUACAAUAAAUUAUUUCAAGUAAUCGUGUGUGUGUUUCUGUUCAUAUAUUUAUAAAGUGUUAUUAAUUUAAGUAAUUUAUUGUGUUAAGAACGAAGACCUUUCAAUAGUGUAUGAAAUCGAGAAAUUGAUGUCUAUUCAAUUAGUUUUAGACGAAUUACAGAUAUGUCUUGCUGACAACUACCAGGUGGCACGAAACUAAGGUCCAAUGAUCCUCGCCGUUAACCUGCAACCACUCAACAUUGUGACUAAGUACAUGUGACAUUGAGUCAUAUUAUAGUUUUUUAAACACAUAUACUUUGGUUCAAAGGGGC